UGUACAUUAGUUUUUAUAAUCUUGUACGAUCAGACUCGGUAUACGAUGAAGUAUUGUCACAGUAAAGGGGUUUUGUGUCUAAAAUUAACGGAUAAUCGACAGUGCCUCCAAUAUAGAACAGAAAUAGCUCAGGACUUAAAGAAAAUGGAAAAAUUCAUAGGCAAUCUCAUGAGACACAUGGCAUCGAAAGACAUUUAAAUAAGAUUUGUAUGUAGGAAGACAUUUAUCAUGGAGACUAAAACGUACUAUUUUUAUUCAACAAUAUUUUCUUCUCGCCUCACAUGAUCCAAUGAUCCACAGAUAUCAAUUUUAAUUAAGGUAUGAACGUUAUCAUACAAGUGCAUAUAAAACUGUUUUGCUUUGUAUUACAAUUUUACGAUUAUUUUGGGUGGCUCCGUUGCCUCCUCGUUAACGUUCUGAAACAAUCAAAUUCAUCGUGUACAUUAAAUUAAUAUACUAUCGAUACUAUCAAAUUUUGUAAUAUAGAGAA